CCUUGAGGUUCUUACUCUUAGUUUCCGAAAUGUCUCACACGCUCACAGCUGAAAGAAAGCAAGUCAGGAAGUGUGGAACAAUUCCCACUAGAUCCGCGGAAGUUGCGGCACCAGAGGCAUUCCAAGAUUCGGCUCGCGGGAAUGGAUCACUGAUCGUUAUGUCCCGGGGGCGCAAUCGGGGGAUACACUGCAGUAUGUAUACUCCGAAGUGCGGCGAUGCACGGUCAACAACACCAUGUGGCGUAUGCAAAAUUACCCAGGCGUGACGCGCGUAGUUUUGUGGCGCAGUCCACGAAGCCAGCUGAUCAUUUUCAAGAUCAAAAACAUCUUGAAUCUGCCCGGUCAUCUCAUCGCCCAUUCUGAUGUUGUUGCUCUGCCAUGUUUGUCGGCAUGGCAGGUGUUGAGCAGGACUUUUUGGCGCAAAGGGUUGGACAAUUCAGGGGCAAGACGGGUUAACUGUCUAGCGCCUUUCAGGGGAUGGCAAGAAAGCCCAGCCCAGUGGAGGUCCACAGCAGCGCGGAUGAUGACUUGCAUCAAUGAUUCACCAGUUGUUGUUACCAAACUGAAGUGAAGUCUUUGAAAACUGGAAGCCCGGCCUGGAAGUGAAAUGGGAUAGAAAGAACCUAACGGCACGAAAUCCAGAACCCCUCAAGUAAAGGCAGA